CUCAUCAUCUUCAGCGUGGAACCUGAGGCCUGGCUGGCGAGCCAUCUGGAUCAACUUCCGCCGUCCCGUUGCCCGGGCCCCUGCCCUCCUCUCUCUACCGAGCUUGCCCGUCACCUGAGCGAGAGCUUUUCCCUUCCGAACCUGCUUUUGAGCUUUUUCUCUCUCCUCCUUCUUCCUUCCACUUUACCUACCUCCAUCCCAAUCUGUCCUUGUUUCCUAUCUUCUCUUUCUCCCAGUCCAUCACCGUCUAUCCCACAAUCUCCCCUCACAUCAGUCACAAUGGCCUCCACUCGUGUCCUCGCCUCCAGACUCGCCACUCAGAUGGCCACCAAGGCCGCCCGCCCUGCGGUGCGCGUCUCUGCCAUGCCCAAGCGCACCAUCACUGGCUUCUCCAGCCCCCUCCAGGCUGUCAAGCGCCAGCAGGCUACCACCAUCAAGUCCUCCAAGGUCUUCACCCAGGUCCAGGCCAAGCGCGCCUACUCUUCUGAGAUCGCCCAGGCCAUGGUCGAGGUCUCCAAGAACUUGGGUAUGGGUUCCGCCGCCAUCGGUCUUACCGGUGCUGGUAUCGGUAUCGGUCUGGUCUUCGCCGCCCUCCUUAACGGUGUUGCCCGCAACCCUGCCCUCCGUGGCCAGCUCUUCUCCUACGCCAUUCUUGGUUUCGCUUUCGUCGAGGCCAUCGGUCUUUUCGACCUCAUGGUUGCCCUCAUGGCCAAACCGCACGGCUCUGCUGUGUUGUAUAGAUGGAAAUUGGUCUGUGGCAGGGACGAGGUAACGCACUACUCUUACCAGCGAAAAAGUUUUGCAUCUCCCCAUCUUUUGCUUCAGCCAGCCUACCCCCGUGGCUCCUGGCCCUGA